AUGGCGAGCCCGACGCCCCCAGAGGGCGGGCUGCCAGGAGCCCGGCAGGGACUAGAUGGGAAAGGGGCACUGCGGAGCGGCGGGUCUCGUCGCCAGAGUCCCGACCCGCGUGUGGAGGAGGAGGGGACUGGGGGCCUCCCGCUGCGCCAGGUACUCACCUCCGCAGAGCACCUCGCGGUCCUGGGCUCCUCCGGCCGGGACCGGCCACAGCAGCGGAGGCAGCAGCGCCAAGCGGAGCAGCACGGACCUCAUGCCUCAGCGCGGCGUCCGGGGCUGUGGGCACGGCAAUGGCAGGCGAAGGCCCUGCCCCAGCCCCCGCGGGCGGCUGCAUCGCCUAGGAGACCAGCUCCCCGCCCGCCCCACGGGCCGCACCUGGUCCCCGGCUUCCCUGAGCCUGCCAGGUACGCGCGCGGCCGCUCCCGCCAGGCGGUCACCGCCCCUGGGUCUCCACCUCCAGCCCCCAGUCCCUUCAUCUGCUCCAGGGGUGAUUCCAGCCUCCUCCGACGAGACAGCCGGAGUGCAUGUGAGAGCGUGGGGCUUUGA